UUUUAGAAUUAAACAUAAAAAUUAAGAAAAUAUUUAAUUUAUUUUAAAACAAAAAAAUCAUUUAUUCACAUAACCACAAUUUGACCAAUAAUAAAUUUGACAUUAAAAAUUGAAAAUGUCAUCUAAAAAACUCUCUAAAACGUCUUUCUUAAUAAUCUAUCAACAAAGGGAGGGACUAUUAAUUUUGUUUUUGUCUUUUAUAUAUAGGUCGCAAUAAAUACGAGUACACUCCAAGUGUCAUCAAUAUUCUCAAAAAAUAUUAACAAGACAACUAUCCCCAAGAUCAUCACCAAGAUCCCAUUAGAUUGCACACUCCUCAACAACAACAUGACACAAACGUGCCCGUCAAACUAUCCAACCAAGUUCGAACCAGCAAUUUCUUCUUCGGAAACUUGUCCUGACUACUUCCGAUGGAUCCAACAAGACCUAAAGGUAUGGCAAGAGACAGGGAUCACAAGAGAAACACUAGAGAGAGCAAAAUCUAAUGCUCAUUUCAGGCUAGUGAUAAAGUCAGGGAGGUUGUAUGUUGAUCAUUAUGAUAAAGCUUAUCAGACAAGAGAUGUAUUCACAAUUUGGGGAAUACUUCAACUUCUAAGAAUGUAUCCUGGUCAAGUCCCUGAUCUUGAGCUUCUUUUCCUCUGCCAUGAUAGACCCGGCAUCUGGAAAACAUACUUCAGAAAAGAGGACAACGCCACAUGGCCUCCUCCGCCGUUGUUUCAUUACUGUGGUCACCGUGAUGCAUAUGACAUCGUUUUUCCUGAUUGGAGCUUUUGGGGUUGGCCGGAGGUGAACAUAAAGGAGUGGAACAAGUUAUCGGUGGCGAUUAAAGAAGGGAACAAAAAGGUAAAAUGGGAAGAUAGGGUUCCAUAUGCUUAUUGGAAAGGGAACCCUAUGGUUUCUAUUGCAAGGAGAAACUUUAUGACAUGUAACGUCUCGGACAAGUAUGAUCCCAUGGUUCGUCUCUAUGUCCAGGACUGGAAAAGAGAGACUAGAGCAGGGUUUAAAGGAUCAAACUUAGAAGAUCAAUGCACUCACAGGUACAAGAUUUAUAUAGAAGGCAAUGCAUGGUCAGUGAGCGAGAAGUAUAUACUAGCAUGUGAUAGCAUGACUCUACUGAUUAAACCAGAAUUUUAUGAUUUCUUCGUAAGAAGUAUGAUUCCAAUGGAGCAUUACUGGCCCAUUAGACCUAACAAUUGUGUUGACCUCAAGUUUGCUGUUGAAUGGGGCAACAACAACACGGACAAGGCACAAGUCAUAGGGAGGCAAGGAAGUGAGUACAUGAUGAAAAAUCUAGAGAUGAAAUAUGUCUAUGAUUACAUGUUAUACAUGUUGCAAGGCUAUGGGAAACUGAUGAAGUUGGAUGUGACUGUGCCUGAAAAUGCGACCGAAGUGUGUUCCGAGACGAUGGCUUGUCCGAUCACUGAUGGUGCUCUGAUCAGGCAGUGCAUGGACGACUCGUUGGUUAUGUCACCGAGCGUCAAGCCUGCUUGCGAUUUGCCGCAGCCGUAUGGAGAUGGUGAGCUCAAGAGGUUUCUUGAGAAACAAGAAAAUGCGGAGAGGGAGGUCGAGAAGUGGACCGAUGAGUAUUGGGAGGUCCAAAGCAAGAUUCUUCAGCAGUGAAAUUCUACUUGUGAGUCACUGAAAUUUAUAAGAUGUUUGUUAACUAUCCAAGUUUUAGUGAAUCUGGCUAAAUUAGUUUGUAUACCAAUGAAAAUUUGUGUAUUUUAAUAAUUAAUACACCAUAUACCAAGCAAAUAAUCGUGCGUCAUGUACUUUUUUAAUUUUGGGAUCUUGCUCAUCCUUGGGAGAUGCCUCUUCUUCGUCACCAUCUUCUUGUAGAAGUUUCUCGAGAUGAAAGCUAAUUUAACACGUCACGUUGAGUUGUGGACUUGUGGGAACUAGGAAGACCAAUACUAUGAUAUGACCACUGAACUUUGAUAUAUAUAUAUAUAUAUAUAUAGGUUAUAUUAGCAAUUUUUAAUACUUGUCGACUUAUACUUCCAUCCUACUCUUCUUUCAUGAUACACAUAAUAAAUGUUUAUAGCUUUUAUGUACAUCUAAUUACAUUUGCGCUCUUCUUCUUCCUCUUAAAUCAUAGAAAACUAGGUUAAGACCCGCGCCUUGAACAUUAUAUAUAAAAAUUAUUUUCUGUAUUAAAUAUUUUUACAUAUUAUGAAAUAAUAAAUAUAUAUUAAAUAAUUAAAAGUCAGUAACUACUAAAUAUAUAAUUAAAUUGGUGUGAACAUAUAAAUCAAUUUUAUUAAUCUAAUUUUUUUU